AUGGCAAGCACUUCAUUUGGUUCCAUUAUUUCCAAGACAAUUUCUGUCGUCCUCUUGACCUCAUGGACCAUAACCACACUUGGUUUCUCCGCAUUAAACGUCCUCAACGAAAAUAGGGGUCUCAUCGGAACAGCCGCAUCAAUCAGCCUCCUCACCUAUCUAGCAUGUCGGCUCCUUGUUUUCACGCAUCCAGAUACCAAAAAUGAUUCAAUUGCCUAUUUCCUGACAACCGCGCACCUCCGAUCACCCCUGGAAGCUCUCGCUACUUUCAUGUUCACCUGCGCCUGGUUGUACGAGCUUCUUUCACAAGCCGUUACCAUGAUGUUUAUGACCUUCCUUGGAGGCACGAUCGCGACUUUGAUUUACACCGACUCUUUGGUUGAGGUUACGAAGGAUCAAGACCCUAUGACUCCGAGCGAUUCGGACCUGGAGAACACUUCCCUGGCCCAGAUUGAUGAAUUUAAAGCAAAAUCCGGUUUGGAUCCAGUCGCCCUUUUCAAGCUUAUUCCGCCUCAGCUUUUAAUUUCUUUGGCUGUGCUUGUGUGGGUCAACUUUGGGGCUUUGGUGCUCUAUGUGCUGCGACUCUCGUGGAGGUCGGCGAAGGCUGUGUUGGGUUCCCCGUCAUUUCCCGUUGCUCAAAAGACUGGGGCUUCAGACUUACAAUAA